AUGAAGAGACAGCCAAGGGCCAGAUGUAAGGAACAGGAAACAGCGCUCAUACAUCCUCCAAGCUGUAAGGUGGUGGGAAAUGGUCAACGGGUAAAGAAACCGAAUAGCGUACCGUUCGUUCGGAUUUCAGAUGUUGGUGAGGAGACGAUCAUGGGCGAGGAAAGAAAGCCAAAAUACAAAUGGUCCAAGACGCCAACGAAGAGUUGCAGUCUUGUGGCUGCGAGAAAAAAUAUGUAUGCAUUGGAAGCAUUGUAUAAUAAGAUUGCUUUGGCUAUUGGCAAAGCCACUUAA